CAUGUCAACGUCUUCUCCAGCUGUUCGCGACCAAACGGCAUGCUGGGAAACGAAGUAUUUUUCUUCCAUCUCCCGCAUUUCACGCAGCUUUCGCGAGAUUUCCUCGAGUCUGGGUCCGUGUGGGGGAACAUUUUCUUUAGCAGAAGUACCGAACCGGUAUGAAAUCUGCGUGCAGGUGAAGGCAGACGUAAGGCUCAUUGGCGUCCGGGCAGUCUGUGCUUUUCGGCUGUCGGUGCAACUUCUGAAAGGCGGAUGUAGCUUCCAAUCGCCCCCCCUCCCUUGCCUGCCUGGAACGUCUGCAUUGAGGUGGCCGCUCGGACAAGCGAGGGAAACUGACUGUAACCAUCGAAUUUGUGGAGGCAUGUCAAAGAAAAGAGGCAGGAAGCGAAGCAGCGGUGAGCUGAGCGACGCCGGAAGCCCCGACCCCAACUGUAUCCUAGGUGUUCGCAUUCAGCACAACUGGCGUGAGAAGGGCAACCAGAGCAAAUGGAAGGGCACCGUGCUGGACAGACUCAGCGUCAAUCCAUCGCUCUUCAUGGUCAAGUACGACGGCUUUGAUUGCGUCUACGGCAUCGAGCUGUUCAAGGACGAGCGUGUGUCCAACCUGCAGGUCCUCUCCGAAAGUGUCGUAAACAACCGGAUCAAGAUACCCUCGGGGGCCGAAGAGUUGGUGGGCAAAGCCGUGGAGCAUCUUUUUGAAAAGGAGGAUGGCGAGAAGAACGAGUGGCGAGGGAUGGUGCUCUCCAGAGCACCGAUCAUGACUAAUUGGUAUUACAUCACCUAUGAAAAGGACCCGGUUCUUUAUAUGUACCAACUAUGGGACGACUACGCCGACGGGGACCUUAGGAUUCUGCCCGAAGCGGAAAACAAGCACCUGUUGCCCGCCGACAGGAAGCCCGGGGAAGAGACUGAGAGUCUGGUGGGCAAACAGGUGGAGUACGUGACUGACAAAGGUGUGAAGAGGACCGGCCUGGUCAUCUACCAAGUCCCCGCCAAGCCCUCCGUCUACUACAUUAAAUAUGACGAUGACUUUCACAUCCACGUCUAUGACCUGGUUAAAACCACCUAAGAGGAGAGACCGCGAAAGAAAGAGACUCCCUCCCCUCGCUCAGCCAUUUCUUAUUUAAAGCCAUGGCAGAGUAGUCAAAGCUUUUCAGUUCAUUUACGCCAUUUAUUCCUUUGUACGUUUGCACAGCACAACUGUAGCGUUCGCUCUACUCGUCGUCACCGCAAUUCCGAGUCUAAUAGGCAAUUUUUUUGUUUGCUGACGCCGCGUUGGAAUACAGCCCUCUUCCACAUUGGCAUUAAGUGGACGAACAGGGAGAUAAAUAUAUUGUGGAAUUAUUCUUCAAAGUCGGGACGAGUGGAAUAUCGCACAAGUGCUUAUUACAACAAAAGAUAUUUAAUGUUUAGUCGCUACUUGGCUAUGUAAUAAAGCGUUUUGUUUUCGCAGGGUAUCUAUUUGCUCCUUUAACCACGGCGCAUUCAUUUGUACCGCUCAGAAGGAUGAUUUUGCUUGCUUCCCAAAUGACACUGCACCCCACAAGAAGCAUCAAGUGCCUUCAGGCUCACUUUUUUUUUUUGAAACAGCAUACAUAUCUCAGAGCAAUCACAGGUUAGGGAACCAAAUACUAAAAACUAAUACAACCUCAAAUACUUAUGAUACUGUACACUAAUUAGUUUUCAAAAAUAAUGUGUGGAUAAAAAGGUUCCCUACCUGCCUCUUAGGAGAUCAUGUGUGAAGGCUUCUAAUUGUGUUGCAUUCAGGUGUCUUCUCGAUAGGCAACCUGCAAAUAAGCUUGCAGUCAAAGUGGGUCCUGGUGCUUGUUGUGUUUGCAGUAUAAAAAGAAAAAAAAAGAUGCAGUAUGAACAUUUUUAAAUACAACCUAUAAUCUCUGUUGAUAUUGUGGGGAGCACUUUAUUGUACAUUUACAUGUUUAGGUUAGUCCCCGCCUGCCCGAUCAUGGUCUUCAUUUACAGGCAUGAUGGUUAAAGAAAAA